AUGAUAUCCGAAACAACGGUUUAUCAAACUUAUAAAAAUACUGAAUCAAAUACAAUUGAAGCUAUUUACAAAUUCCCACUUCAUGAAGCAACUGCAGUAUGCGGAUUUGAAGCGGAAAUUGAUGGAAAAAGGAAAAUUAAGGGAGUAGUUAAAGAGGCUAAGCAGGCUGCAAAGGAAUAUGAUAAAGCUAUUCAGCAAGGUCAAGGUGCUUAUUUAUUAGAACAACACCAGCCAGACAUCUUCCAAUGUUCUGUUGGUAAUAUCACUACUGGUCAAACAGUUGUUAUCAAAAUUACAUAUGUAACCGAACUAAAACAUGAUGCUGAAGCUGAAAAAGUUCGAUUUGUUUUUCCUACUGCAAUCGCUCCACGAUAUGGUUCAUCUGGUUAUUCUCCCGCAAAUGAUGGGAAAAAACUUAUACCUGAUGCAAUAUCUUAUUCAUCUGAAGCAAAUUAUUAUUUAGAUAUUGCUAUUAUAUGUAGAAUGACUUCAGUUAUUAGAAGUAUUGAGUCACCAUCACACCAUAUUUCAACUGAAUUAAAUAUUGAUGACAAUCCGAAUAUUUCAAGGAUUACUUUGGCAGAACAAAUAACUUAUUUAGAAAAAGAUUUCAUCCUUGUUAUUAAAAGUUCAGAUCUUGAUCAUCCAAGGUAA